UUAAUUACAGAUGAAAGCGGUGGUCUUCCUAGUUGCGAUAGCAGCAACUAGAGCUUUGCCCCUCUCGAAGGUACACGUGAAAUUUAUUUCCCCUCCCCACAUUUACGAGCACGGUAUUACGACAGACGGGGAUCGAACCAUCGACCAGAGAUCCUACGUCUCUAUCGGGAGAAGGAGUACGACAGGAAACUCGAGAUUCGGACAACGUCUGAGCGCAACAAGAAAUAGCAUACCCGUAUACAUUAAACCAGAAAACGCGGAAUCCCUGUGGCCAGUUGGUGUUUUCCUCCCACCAGUAGAUGUUAAUGAUCUUGGGCACAGUUCACAUGAAAGGAGACACAUGACGCCUGAUUUUUCUAACGGGCUUGUGUACCAUGAUCCGUAUCUACUGACUGGCGAGAAGGCGAUGAUAGCGGUGAAAUAUCUUUACGGCCUCGGUGAACUGUUUUACGACGAAAUUCCGCACGAAAGGGCGCUGCUAAGGAACCAACAAGAAAGGAGGCAAAACGGUCUUCAUGACCACGUAUUAAGGAGUUUGAGACCCACAUCUCCAUUCUAUAGGAAACCUUGAUUAAUUAAUGAUCGUAUUAUUUAUUUAUCGUAUCUUCGUACAGAAAACUAUCGUUCUUCUUAAAUACGAGAUUAAUGAAUUUACAA